AUGCUUGCGCGUUUCGCCCUCGCCCUUGCCCUUGUGGGUGGUAUUCCUUCUCUCGUCCAUGCUCUUCACUCGAAUGCGCACAGUAAACAUGGAUUCAACUGGGACUCAACCCAGCAUCUGAUCGCCUUCGGCGACUCAUAUACAUUCGUUCAAGGAACACACGGAUACCCCGGUUACAGCUUCAUCGGCGACCAGCUCAACUACGCGUACGAAGCAGACACGCUCUUAACAGACAAGAUUGUCCAGAACCAGACCGGGACCUCAGCCGGCGGUCCAAACUGGGUCGAAUACCUUACAGGCUGCGGAUUGAAAGAAGGUCUCACGGCCCCAGUAUCCUGCGCAAGGCGGCUAUGGGAUUUUGCGUUCGCGGGGGCUGGUGUUUCGGCUGAAUACAUCCCCCUCCACCACCCCUUCACAAUCUCCCUCGUGAACCAAAUAACCCAAUGCACGACCUACGGGCACCCAGUGCUUACGUCCACGUCCACCUCUUCUUCUCCAAGACACCCGCGACCUAAUCCCAAUGGCAUUGUUGAUCCUUCCUCAACCCUAAUUGCAGUCUGGAUCGGCAUAAACGAUAUAAACGAUAGCGCUGCAUAUAACCUCACCACCUCGUUUCCCUGGUUCUACAGUGCCCUAAUAAACACCACCUACACUUCCCUCCAGGAUCUUAGUUCUCUGGGAUACACGAAGUAUGUCCUCCUCAACCUCCCACCGCUGGACCGAACGCCGUCAAACCAGGACAGGGUCUUGAAGGGGGGAAGUGCAUUGCCGAAUGCUACGCAGGUAGAGUGGUUCAAUUCUGCAUUGGAAACGCAGAGCCGGGACUUCGAGAGGCAGAAUCCAGGGAGUAGUGUGCUGGUCUUUGAUGCGCAUAAGGUGCUCAUUGGGAUUCUGGAUGACCCGCGGAAGCACGGGAUCUUGAAUACGACGGACUUUUGUCCUGGGGCGAAGGAACCGGAUAUUGAAUGCAAUUAUGAGAAGUAUGGAUGUCCGACGCCAUUGGAGACGUACUUCUGGUAUGACUCGGGACAUAUAACUUCCAGAGUGCAUAGAGAGCUGGCGAGAGCGCUGGAUGCGGCGUUGAGGAAGUGGAGAGGUUAA